AGUUGUUAAAACUGUCCUUCGCAGACACUGCGAGUUUACAGUCAUGGUGAGCGGUAGAAACGCUGGUGUAAUGACAGAGACGGACUCGCUCAGAUAUGCUGAAUAUGCAACGAAAACAACGAGCAGAAGUGACACGGAUGUUGACAAGAGACUAGGUGGAACGUUAAUGGCUGUUGGACUUGGUGUUGCAGCCGCGGCAUUCGCAGGCAGAUACGCGUUCCAGUUGUGGAAACCUUUAGGGCAAGUAAUUGCAGAAACAGCCAAGAAAAUGCCAACGUCAGGUUUUUCAGUUUACUACAAAGGAGGAUUUGAAACGAAAAUGACCAAACGAGAAGCCAGCCUUAUUCUAGGUGUAAGCCCAACAUCUAACAAGGUAAAGAUAAGAGAGGCCCACAGAAGGAUCAUGAUUUUAAACCAUCCUGAUAAAGGCGGAUCUCCCUACUUGGCAGCAAAAAUAAAUGAAGCAAAAGACUUUCUGGAUGCCAGCAGUCGAAAGUGACCUCAUUAUCAUCUGAUUCAUGCUGUUCCGCACAACAGCUUUUUAUUCCAUCUCAUCCAGUACAUCCCUUUGUGAGGAAUGUGGGUGGAGCUGCACACACACUUUGGACAGGAUAUACUUCUGGAUUGUUUAGGCUUUAUUAUAGUGUAUCUUCACAGCUGCGAGGCUUGUGUCAGAAAAUUGUUUUUUUCUGCUGUCUCUUUUAUUGAAUUGUACAGUGCUUCGUGAUGUUUGUACAUGAAAGGCGCUAUAUAAAAUGAAGAUUAUUAUAUUACUGUAAAUGAAGAUGUCGACCAGGAAGCGUCAUGGCGAAGGAACGUUAUAGGAAUAUCAUUUUUUGCACGUACCCGAGUAUGUUCAUGAGGAUUACAAGGAUAGAUUUUUUUUAAUACAACGUUCUCAUUGUUGGUAACGUAGUAUAUAACAUGGAACGUGUUUUAAUGUAUGCCAGCUACUUUCCAUUCUUGCACUCCUUUAAAUUCAAAUCUACAACAAUGCUCUAUUAAUAACAUUGAAAGAGUACCCUUGUAUUUUAUUCAUUGUAUAACCUUGUCAUGAUGGUGUUUUUGUUAUCGGGAUGUGUUUUGUGUUUUCUGCUAACUUCCUCAAUGUGAAAUUGAUCAAAUACCAGUUACAAUAAUUACAGUAAUUUAUUGAUAUAUAUAUAUAUAUAUAUAUAUAUAUAUAUAUAUAUAUAUAUAUAUAUAUAGUCUGCCAAAUAAAUUAAAUAACAUAGUAAAUAUAAAUCUAGUUUAUUGAGUAGUAAAGAUAGACAGCUGUUGGUAGAAUUAAAUAAGUGCAUAGCUUCUGUGCAUGGUUCUGAUGGAAAAAGGUGUGUCAUGGCCUGUUUGCAACUACAUUUUUAAGUUAAUUAAACUGCAAGGGAGUUAAUUAAAAGAAAAUACAAAUAGCCUAUGUGCCAGUAGCUAAUAUCGGGUCUUUUUGAGCCAUGUGACAUGUCAUUUGAUGGCAUUAACUAUUAUUAUUAUUUUUUUAUUUUUUAGAAUUUUGUUUACAUUUUCUAAAUUUUGCCCAGUCAACCAAGCAUUUUGCAGUUGACCUGUGGCCAUAGUCAAACAGUCACCAAUGGUGUCAGUAGACAGUUGUGUUAAUGUAAUGGGUGAUCUUAGUGACUUUUUCCAUCAGCUGAGGAUUUCUACAUGAAUUCGAGUCUCUGAUCGAUACACUUGUAGACUUCAGUCCUGAAGUUUGUAUUUUAAAAAUAUUUUGGUUUUGUUUACCCUGAGGCUGCAAUCUUAUAAGGGCGAAGAGUGAUAUCAAAUGGUUAAAUAAAGCUAAAAAUCAGGAUAGUAACUGUAUCCUUUUGAUGUGAACUUACAAAUAAUAAUAAAUCUGAUUUCAACACAGGCUUGAAUCACGAACACUAAAUGUUAACGUUCAUGUAUUUGCCGCAAGAUGCCCACAGGCUAGUAUCAGUUGACUUCAUCACAGUAGUUUUGACAUUGUGUCAAAACAGGACACUUAAGUGCUCUGCAUUGUGAGGGAGUUUGAGCUCAUUGGGUUGCGUUCCUGUUUCUUGAAGUGGGAGUCUGUGUCUCCUCAGCUGUGAAUUCUGUUCUUGUCUUCUAUUUUUGAAGGAUUGAGGAUCAGUAAUAAAUAAUCCCACUGCUGCCAAUAGCCCAAUAGAUUUCUACAAGUUAACUUAGCUGUCUCCAUUUCCUUUCAAAGGAAACAAUGCUCUUUUAUCUUUGAGGAGCUGUAGGAUUUGAAACAGUAAGCAGCCUUGUGGACCCAACUGGCUGUUGAGAUAACAGCCAGUACAUUUGGGCUUUUUAAAAUGCUUGCUUUUUUAAAUGGCUUUUUUUUUCGAGUUGGCCUUGUCAUUUUUAUUUCAGGAUUGUAUUGGCUGUGGAAAGUGCUAUGUAAGUCCAAGAUUGUCAUCGUUGUCGUCAUAGUUGUUGAUGGCACUGUGUUGCCUGCGAUGCUUCGGUUGUAUGAUUAAUAUUGAAUUAGGUUAAUGAUUGUGAUCUUGAGUGGACUUGUUAAUAGGCGAGACAGCAAAUGAGUGAACCAUGGUGAUCAUUGGAUAAGCCGGGGUGCUAAAUCAAGAUGCAAGCUACAAAAGAAACGCUGGCCAGCACAAAUCUUGGACUACCUUACUUCCGUAAAACCCCGGACUGCCUUACCUUGGAUAAGUUCAGGAUAUUUUCAAAUUGGGGUGUGUGAAACCAGUUGAUAGUGCAUUGUGAGUUGCUGUAUUACUUGGCUUCAGUGCAUUAAUCUGUUCACAUAAUUCAAGAUGACAUAAAGCUUAUAGCGUGAUUUUGUUUCUUAGUCAUUUACAAUAGCUGAAAAAGAUCUCCAUUACAUAAUAUGGUCAUUCAUAUCAACAUGAUGUGACAACGAAUAUGUGCUGCAGUGCGACACACAGUGUGUGUGUGUGCCUAUGGGGUGCCAGUUUAUCCUGACUAUGUAUAUAAAAAUGUACCUGGCAUCAGCCUCCCUUUACUCCCAAAGGACUGUUCUUCUGUUUUUAGAAACGUGGAGUUUAAGGGUGGGCAGAUGGAUGAGGUUGCGAGACUGCUGUUUGCAUGGCAACAAGCAAGGAGAAGGACUGCUGAGUUCAUGAGUGACCCCUUCAGCGUUUUGACCUCUGACAACUGAAUCUCUUCAGUUGUGUUCAUGUUUUCUUUUUUUUUUUUUUUUGGUACAUUAGGCAAAGACCCAACUGUGCCCACAGUCAAGCUAAAAUGCAUUUCUUUGAGUUUAAACUGCUGUUUAUCUCUUUGCACGUUGAAGUAGUCUUACUUAAGUUAUUCUUCAGGUGUAGCCAGAUGGAAAAGUCCCAUUCAUUUCCCAAUACGAGCCCAGUAUCCAAGCAAACCGUACCCAUGAACUGCAGCAUGACAGCCAAGGAUCCAUUAGAAGUUCUAUACAUGGCAAAUGUUUUUGAUCUAAUGAAACAACACGGUACACCUCUGAUAUUGGGGCCAGGAUAGUAUUUGAAGAAUGCAGUGAAACCUGUUUCUAAGCUAAGGUCAUGAAACACCAGGUUCAUUCAGGUCAGGGAGUGAGCACACAGGGCUCCAGGUUCACAGUUACAAGACUUGGCAUUUCCCUUUUUUGAGCACAGUUUUGCUCCUUCAAGGUGGAAAUUCUUGCGUGCUUAACAAGAACAAAAAGCGGUGGUAAGAGCAGCUUUAGUCGCAGCUAUAACAGCAGGUUGUUUUAGAGUGUUGUAUUUUGUGUUUCGUUCUGUCCCAUCCUUUUAUUGUACACUUCCUGAAGGACUGCCUUUAGAGAGGUUUAAGAAAGCAUUUAUUUUUUAUAGCCCCAGGCUGUCUCAGUAGUUAUUUUUUUCAUUUUUCACAUAGACUUGAGUUUAUGGAAUGCUGAUGGUGCAAGAAUGCAUAGUGUAAGUUCACAUGUAUUUACUAAGUAACAACAAUUAGAGACAGCUUUUGGACUAUGCUUCUAUUUCAGGUAUUUUAUAUACAUUUACCAACCAGCUCUUACUUUAAAAAGCCUGGAUCAUGACAACUUGGCUGUGAAACAGGAGAAGGACAACACCAUCCUCCUUAAAGAGAGAGAGAGAGAGAGAGCGAGAGAGAGAGGGUCUCAUAUAUCUAAGACAUAAAAUCCAAUUGGAACAGAAACAGAACAUUAUAUCAUAAACACACGAGGCAGGCCCAGGAGUGGUGUGAAAGUAAUUCACUCUGGAGUUUGCUGACAGGCACAGUAUAUCUGGAGUUAAAAUUGAGUUUCACUUUCAUUUCCUGAUAAAUAAAUCAUUUCUCCUGUCAUAACACUAUGGGCAUUAUUCUGAAGUGUGAACGCAUUUAUUCCGAAAGGAAUGUUAUUAUAAAACCAGCAGUAUACAAUUUAAUCCGGUCUGACUUUAAUUAAAGGUGGCUGACAGGAUCAAUAUUAUUAAUUAUUUAGGCUAUAUUUGCAUCCUGAGCCAUUUGAAAAAAAAAUGCAUAAUACCACAGUAGUGACGUCAAAAAGUGAUAAUUCCUCUAGAGAAAAAUAUACUUGAACCUUGACCCAGCUGGUACAUUCGUAUCUCAGAAAAACUGGAGAGGAAUGGGAAAUUAAAACAAGGUAAAGGGCAAUCAUCCAAAUAAAGGUGAAGCACUAAUGGAUGAUGACACAGAACGUCUGUACAGCACUGAAACACUACGUUUAAAAAAACCCAACUGUACUGCUGAACCGUGUCUUCUUUAAUAUUAGCAUCACAAGGGUAUCCAUGUAUUAUACAAAAUAAUAGAUGGGCCUCUUCAGUGAGUUACAGGAAAACAAUUCCAUCUCGGGUUUCUGUGACAGUUUAUAGA